GAGAUAUGAAUUUUGAAUUCUCUGGGUUGCUUGGGUUCUCUUAGGAGGUAAAAUAGAGUAAAUCCUUUUUUGUUUGUUUGAGAAAUCUUGUUGAAACUGAUUUACUUUGUGAAUAUACAUCAAUCAGUAAGUGGACUGAGUCCAUGCUUUCAAUUUCUUAAUGGGAAGAAUGUACUUGGGGGGUUCACUUCUCCUAGUGUAUAUCUUGAGUUCCUGGGAGUACUAAAUUAGCCGGCAUUUCACAGAGUAGAGGACAUUGCAUGCUAAUGACCCCGAUUCUGAGUUGUUUCUAGUAUUUACUAAGAGACAAAUUUCUCUCUACUUUUUAUGUGCUUAUACCAUUUUAAAAGUAGCCAACUGAAAUUUUAUACCAUUUUCCAAAUAAGGAGUACAAGAUUGACUCAUGUAUACGGGAAAUUGACCGUUAUUUCAGCAAUUAUCGCAUAAACGAUUGCAGUUCUCAACUUCCUUUAAAAAAAAAGAAACCCAGCACUUUCUUUUCUCUGUGGUCUAAACUUGAGUUAUUUGUAAGGUUUAUGAAAAUCUGAGAGAAGAGAAUUGAAAUAAGGUAUCCAGACUCUAAAACAAUAUAACCUAUCUUGAGAAACACUUUUUGUAAUAAAAAGAUAUGGUUAAUUUUCAAAUACGCAUAUUAUUCCCUACACUUCUUAGUCUAUAGAUGAUGAUCUCACCAAAGCAGUGAAGAACAAAUUGGGAUAUCUAAAAAACCCUUCCAAAUAGCCAAUGGAAACAUAAUACACAUGCUAAAAAACUUAUGAAUGGAACUUUUGAAAGAAUUUGCCAUGAAUUUAGACUUUGAGUUUUAGAGAUAGAAAGAAAUCAGUGGCACAUAUAAAAACAACAAGUAUUUUGUCAUUUAAAAGAUACUUUUUAUGCCAAAUCAACAUUUUAUGCCAAAUCAACAUUUUAAAGUUAAUACAAUUUUUUUCUGAGAACUCAGAACUAUAAACUUGAGUUUUUGAAAUCAUUAUUUACAGAGAUCAAUCCUGUAGAAAACAAGUUCAAAUUAUCCUUUUAGCCCACAAUUUUCCCCAAGAAAUGACCCCCUUCUCAAUUUUAUACUCACACAAGCAAGAGCAAGAAAGAAUGACAAGGUCCAGGAAUGGAGAAGCACUUUAGCACCUGCUUCUUUGUAAAAGGGGGGCAAAUUUCUGGUCUCAGGCAGCCAUGGGAUUUUAAUAGCUUCAAAUCACAGUAAGAAGAAAUCCCUAUGGGGCUGAGAGUAGAGGACUGGGCAGAAUCACUGCUUGAUGUGGUUAUUGCUUGGGAUGAAAUCAGCAGUCACAAUCUAGAAGUGUCUCUGUUUUUAAAUCCCAUCCCUCCCUCAUCCAUGCUCAAUAUCUCCUCCUCCAAAAAUUAAACAAAAGUUACCAAAUUGGAUGAAAGAUUUGGCGUUUUAGCUGGUGAGACUCCCACCAGCUGGGGUGGGGUACUGUGUGGUGGAAGGAGGUGACCGGCACCUUGAGAGUAGAACAAAAUAUUCCAUGGUGUUGGGGUAGCAAUAGGAGCAUAUUCUUUUGCCUUCUUAUUUUAAGAAGAGUCAUCUGCUGUUACCUACCUAUCUGAUGUUAAGAAGGAAAGAGGAGGAAAAAGAAAGGAAGGAAGAUAGACUGAUAACAACUACUUGGAAUACAUAUGGGCCAAGAAGUAAACCAACAAUGGGGAACAAGACACGGUGGAAAGGUUAAUUACACAGAAGUGUAGUGACACUGUUGUAGGAAACAGCUGACCCUAAGCUGGUUACAUCCAGCUUUGUAAGCACAUUUAUCCAAGUCUGGACUUGGAGUAGUCCUGACUCUUUCGUCUGACUCCAACCUUUCAUGGAACCUACCUGUUGAAACAUGAAAACUUCACUAUUUCUGUUUGUGAAGGUUGCAUGGCUUGGGAUGAAUGUCUUCCUCUUUGUCACUUACUACCGGGUUUAUGAUGUCCCAGAUAAGUUCUUCUACACGCAGAAACUUCUUGGGGUUAGUGUAAGUUCCAUCUCAUGCAAAAUUGGCUGGUUGCUGACGUUGCUCAUCAGACAUUCUUGUUCAUACCUCCUUUAACACUUUAAAUCAACAUUCUGACCAACCCCAACAGCACGAUCAACCUCACUCCCUCCAUUGCAACUUCCUAGGCAAGAAUCUCUUAAGGCCUUCCAGUGUGGGACAAACAAAAGUGCGACAGAGAGUCCUAGCAGCAUCCCUUCUCUCCCAAGAACCAUGGUCCCAUUAUUUAGCUUAAAAGGUAAAUCUAACACUGACUCUGAAAUGCAAGGCCAGUUUGGAGAGAGCAAUCCAGGCGUGACACAUCUGGAACACAUGGGACUUUUCAUAUUCUCUAAAUGAUCUGAUUCCCACCACUUUUCAUCAUGGUGAAUCCUGCACCUGGUGAUGUUUGAAAUCAGAAAGUCAGCUUCUCCCUAUGAAUGGAGCCUUUGGGAAACUUUCUCAAGGGCCACACACCAGCAGAGUGCAGGCCCCUGAAUUUCCUUGGGUACUUAGUAUUCUUGGUUCCUUGAACAGCCAGGCCUCUUCUUCAUCACAAAUGAAAAUAAUUACAGUGGCAGUUGACCCUGGAGAGUAUCAUUUACAUCCUACUAGAUCCAUAAGUUUAUGAAUUAAUAGUAAUUAUUAAAAUGUUAUUGAUAUGUAUAAAUAAUUAUAUGAUAGAUAAGUUUACUACAUUAUUAUAAUUGCUGUUAACUUAUCCACAUUGAUACUGAGAAGAAUGGCUUCCCUUUGAUUUUCCCCUCCCAAAUAUGCAACUUACGUUAUACUACAAGGCAUUAGACGGUAACAAUUGUAAUCCCAAAGCAUUACACCAUACCAACUUAAGUUACUGUUAAGGUCAGUCUAAGUGCUAAGAGAACCUUUUAUGAAAUCUUAAAAAGGCACAGUUUUAAUACUGAACUGUAGUCAAUGAUAUGCAUGCUGAAGUAUUUAGAGGGAAGCUAGCUGAUGCUGCAAUCUACUUUGAAUUGCAUCCAAAAAAUAAGACAGGUUGAUGGAGGCAUAGAGGGAUGGAUAGAUGGAUAGAUAUGUCAUAAAGCAAGUGUAGGAAAAUGUAAAUGGUAGAAUCUGUGAAAUGGGUAAACAGGUAUUCACUGUAAAAUUCUUUUAACUUCUCUAUAUGUUUGAACAUUGUCAUGAUAAAAUGUUAGGGAUGAGCAGGAAGGGCCAGUUUCAGAUUAAAACAAUGGGCCCUAAAAGAAAACCCUUGCCUUUGAGGGAUCUCCUUCCAUUGGAUAAAGUGAUGUCUCUGGUAUAUGGGCCUCAGGCUGGGAGUCCUGGGGAUCUGGGGGAGCCAGAUUUGGACUCCCAGGAGUCACCCUGCUCCCUUUUCUGCCUUGUCGGCAUUGGCAUUGGCCCGGGCCCCUGCAGCCUGCCUGAAUUUCAGCUGCAUGCUGAUCCUGCUGCCAGUCUGUCGAAAUCUACUCUCCUUCCUCAGGGGUUCCAGUGCAUGCUGCUCAACAAGAAUUCGAAGACAAUUGGACAGAAGCCUCACCUUUCAUAAAAUGGUGGCAUGGAUGAUUGCACUUCACACUGCUAUCCAUACCAUUGCCCAUCUAUUUAAUGUGGAGUGGUGUGUGAAUGGCCGGGUCAACAACUCUGAUAAUUAUUCAAUAUUACUCUCUAACAUUGGAGAUAAGCCUGGUGAAACUUAUCUCAAUUUUGUUCAAGAAAGAAUCAAGAACCCAGAAGGAGGCCUGUACGUGGCUGUGACGCGGUUGGCAGGCAUUACUGGAGUUGUCAUCACGUUAUGCCUCAUAUUAAUUAUCACCUCCUCCACCAAAACCAUCCAGAGAUCUUACUUUGAAGUCUUUUGGUACACUCAUCUCUUUGUGAUCUUCUUCAUUGGUCUUGCCAUCCAUGGAGCUGAUUGAGUACAAAUUGUACGAGGACAAACUGACGAGAGCUUGGAGGAGAGCCCCCCAAAGAAGUGUUCCGAUAAGAUCUUAGAUUGGGGAAAACCAAAUGAAAACUGCACAAUCCUGAGGUUCUCUGGGAACCCUCCUAUGACUUGGAAAUGGAUAGUCGGUCCCCUGUUCCUGUAUCUCUGUGAGAGGUUGCUCCGGUUUUGGCGAUCUCAACAGAAAGUAGUCAUCACCAAGGUGGUCACUCACCCUCUCAAAACCACUGAGCUACAGAAGAAGAAGGGAUUCAAGAUGGAAGUGGGACAAUACAUUUUUGUCAAGUGCCCCAAGGUGUCCAAGCUGGAGUGGCAUCCCUUCACACUGACCUCUGCCCCUGAAGAAGACUUCUUUAGCAUCCAUAUCCGUAUUGUUGGCAACUGGAUGGAGGGGCUGUUCAAUGCUUGUGGGUGUGAUAAGCAGGAAUUUCAAGUUGCCUGGAAACUACCUAAGAUAGCCGUUGAUGGACCCUUUGGCACAGCCAGUGAAGAUGUGUUCAGCUACGAGGUGGUGAUGUUAGUGGGAGCAGGGAUUGGGGUCAUGCCCUUCGCAUCCAUUCUCAAGUCAGUCUGGUACAAAUAUUGUAAUAACGCCAUCAAUCUGAAGCUCAAAAAGAUAUACUUCUACUGGCUGUGCUGGGACACUCAUGCCUUUGAGUGGUUUGCAGACCUGCUGCAGCUGCUGGAGAGCCAGAUGCAGGAGAGGAACAACGCUGACUUCCUCAGCUACAACAUCUAUCUCACCGGCUUGGAUGAGUCUCAGGCCAAUCACUUUGCUGUGCACCAUGAUGAGGAGAAAGACGUGAUCACAGGCCUGAAACAAAAAACUCUGUAUGGACGGCCCAACUGGGAUAAUGAGUUCAAGACAAUUGCAAGUCAGCACCCAAAUACCAGAAUAGGAGUUUUCCUUUGUGGACCUGAAGUGUUGGCUGAAACCCUCAGUAAACAGAGCAUCUCCAACUCCGACGCUGGCCCUAGGGGAGUGCAUUUCAUCUUCAACAAGGAAAACUUCUAACUUGUCUCUUCCAUGAGGGAACAAAUACAGGUUAUGCUGCCAAAUGCCCACAUAAUGCUAGUUAAUGCCCUUUUUUAAAAAGGAGAAAAAGAAACUAUAAUGUGAUAUUUUUUUCCUCCAAGGAAUGUCGGAGGUUUUUUUGAUAGUGAUAAAAACUCUGUAUGGGAUGUUAAGGUUUCCAGAGCACUUUUGUAAACAUUAUUUCAAUUUUUCCUCAGUAAUGCCAUAAGGAAGUGAGGACAGGGAUUCCUGGACUCAUUUUUAGGGUGAAGGAAUGAAGGCUUAAAAUGGUUGAGUAACUUAUCUUAGAUUAUGAAGCUGAGAGCAGAUCUCAGCCAUCUGACUCCAGGUUUGGUGUUCUUUCCACAAUACCAGGCUGCCUCAAAAUGGGUUUGUAUGCUCCUGAAAGGAAGCACUGAAUCACGGAAUAGCUAUUCGUUUUUCACUGUGCCAUCUUUGUUAUCGUUAUUGUCAUUUUGAAGGACAUUUUCCAGGUAGUUUGAAGCUAAUAUAUGCUGAGAGUGACUCAACACACAAUAGUGGCAGGGUUGACAUCUAAGUAUACUCCAGUUUAUCAAGAGAGCAGCCUAACUGGAUCAGAGAUUCUUCCUAAAAAAAAAAAAUUGGGGUUAAAAUAAUACAAAGUGUUUACCAUGGCGCUUGGCCGACAGUGGGCAGUCAAUGAAAGUUUGUUGAAAGAAUGAAUGACAUGACAUUUAGAGCCACAUGAUGCCAAGUUAGCAUUAUUUUAAAGUCUUAAACAGAAUUAUCACAAGAAACAACUUCGGUUAUUCUUACAAACUGAAGGAAUCUGAUUCUCCUGAGGGUAGAGAACAUGCUAAGUAUCUUACCAGUAUGAUGUCCUGGAGGUUCCCUUACAGCCUUAUUUGAAGCAUGAAGGAAAUGGGGAUAGAUGCAGAGAAUUGACCUCCUGCCAUAACUCUGGCAGGCUCUUCUAGUCCUGCUUCCUGUGAUUUGAAAGAAGGUCAGACUGAUUUAGUGCCUGUAAGUACAGCCAGCCCUUGUGAAUUUAAAAUUAAGAAUUGUGACAAAUGUGUAUCUGAUUUGCCCAUCUGCCUUAAAUAGCAUCCACCCGCUGUCUUACUUAUAUGCUCACACAAACAAAACCUAGCUAAGGGUUUAUUAUUUUCUCAUUCUCAUCAUCAUCCUUAAAUUUACAUUCUAGAAACUAAAAUCCUCAGCUUACUGUGUAAGUAUUGACUUCACAACCAGUAGAAUGCUCUGGAUAUUCGUGAGUUCAAGACAAAGUCUCUAAGUCACUGUUAGUGUGGCAAGACAUAGUGUAUUUUCUUAGAACUGCUGCAUUUCUGGGAACUAGAAACAGCUUUAUUUACCCCACCCUCUAGAGCCACAGAUUAUUAGAACUACUCUACUUUGGUAAAGAGGAAGAAAAAAGGGAACAAGGGGAAGGGCAGAAGGCUGGGUUAGGAGGAAAUGGAAGAGAAAAAGGGGUUAAGAGUAGACAGAGAAGGAAAGAAAGCAAAAAUGACAAAAGGAAAGGUAGGGGACCUCCUGUUGGUCAAUUCCUGCCUCAAAUUUCUUAAAACUUUGUGUAUAUUAAAUGUAAUCAAAGGAUGCAUAUGCUUAUGCAUUUUAUUUUGGUUACAUAUGGGAUCAAAUCUUGUAUAUUCUAAGCUUUGUUCACAAAUUUUGGGUACUCAGUAGGCAUAUUCAGGGUAGUGGGGUGAACUAGUAAGAACUCAGCUUUUUUAAAAGGGGGUACUGCUCUUCCUUUGGGCUCCUAAGUUCCCAAGGCUCUGAGGGUUGGUCCUGGAAAGUUAGGCCUGAUAUGAGAAACUUUCCUCCCCAAAACGUCCUGGUAAGGUUUCUGCUUGGAGCAACUUAGGUCCAAUCUGAUUAUAUCACACCCCAGGUGUCAAUUCAUUCAUUCAACAAACAUUUAUUCUGCUAUUACUGUUACUCAGGCUCUAUGUUCAUUGUUUUGAUUCUUUACACCAAAGUGUAAGCAGGAGGGGGAAACUUGGUUAUAAGAAGUCUGAGAAACUUGGCUCUUUCUGACCUACAUGGCAAAAGUAAAACGAGCUCCAGUUGCUCUGAGACAGUUGUCUUAUUUGUGAGAUGAAAAGUGAGGGAAAAGUUCAUCAUUAAGAGAGCUUGCUUCUUCUUUCUCCUCCCUAGCUUCCAGCUGCCAGCCCAGCUUUUGCAUUUUAGCAUUUAGUAAAGGUACUAAGAAAACAAUGAAGCAUGGCUUUUGAUCUGAAGGCUUUUUAGUUCUCCUGCUUUUGCAAUACUGUGCUUAUGAAAUUUGAAUAUUUGGGAGUCUUGCAUAUGAAUAGUUUGGGGGAAGAUCCCAGGAGAUAAUUCCCAGGGAGAAUGAUUAAAACUGCUCAACUAUUAGAAUGAAUGAGCUGUCUCUGUGUCUGUUAUUGAUCUUUCAAGGGUUAACUCAACUACCCAAGGUUUAUUCUGCCCCAGUGGGGUUGAGAUUUGCUGCAUUUCUCUGUCUGACAUGUCAAACACUGCACAGUUUAUAGAUUGUGAGGGGAAAACUGAGUGCCUAGUUCUGGGCUCAUGUUCUGGUGAUCCUCACAGCACUGACAUAAAAAACAAGGGAGUAUCACUUCACUGUUGCAGACAGAAUUUUGAAGGGGAAGAAACCCCAGUAUAAGACUUCUUUCUUCAUUCCCACUGACCUUUCAAGUUCUAGCUUUUCAAUUAGGUGUCAUCGAAUCACAAUGUGGAUAUAUACACUCAUGGUCCAUUGUUCAAAAUGAGUCAACCAGCUAUGAGUCCCACUGCCUAGGAAAUGGCUAGGGAUGUGGACAUGAUAUAUUCCCAUGGGAGUCAGCAGGUGCUGUCAGGGGGUAAAGAACUUUGCCUAAAAUAAGUGGCAAUAACAGAAAUAGCUAGCAUUUAGUAAACCCCUCCUACUCUGCCAAAUAUUUUAUGUACGCUUCUGCUAGUCUCUCAGCAACACUCCAA